AUGAACACUCUGCUUCUUGGCACUCUGCAGGCCCCAAGUAAAUACAAAGAGUACAUAGAGUACAUCCAGCAGCUGCAAAAUGAAGGGCUGGUUUACAGGAAAGAAAUAGUUGAUGAUUUAAUAGACAGAUUUCUUGAGGUGGUGGACGAUAACUACCACAUUAAAGAGCUGUACACCAGAAAAAAGGUUUUAGUAAGCGGUGUGCCUGAGAGUGAUGAAAUAAGUGCAAUGAUCGUGGCUAUGCAGAAUGCAGCCAACUCCUCUGAAUCAGUAAUCAGUGCUCAGAACAGUAAUGCAGAUAGCUGGCAUAGAAUAAAUAGCAGUUUAGAUAGCGCUGAGAGCAAUAGCUAUGUGCUAGAAAUGGGAGAUACUUCCCAAUUAGAAGUGGUAGAACAAACAGCAGAUGCUGCUAUGAAUCUCAGCAGAAAUAAGGCAGAGAAAACUUCGCCAUUAUUAGAAGCAGAAGGUAAAUCUUUUAUAGAAAUAAAUGAUGAUGGCAAGGAGCAUAAAAUAGCUCACACACAGGACAACCACAGAAGUAAGAGUGAAGCAGAUGUAAGUUCUAUGCAUGCAGAUGCACUCAAUGGCACACAUACAGGUGAAAGCAAAAAAGAAGAAAUUCCGCUGGAAAGUGGACUGCCAGAGCACAGUUCGUUAAAUAGCAAUAGCAUUGCAAAGUAUUUAGCGGCAGCACGAACAAUAAAAACCCCCCACGACCCAACACACCUUCAACAGGCAGCUAACAAGAAGCAUCUUGCAAACAGCCAGCUCCUGAAGAUAAAGGAAGAGUUCUCUGAGAUAUCUGCGUAUGCUAUUUCAAUUCUUCUCAUAAUGGCGCAAAUAGAAGAUCUGUUAUGUGAAGAGACCAAGCAAUAA